ACUAGCGCCCCAAUCCUGCGCAAAACCGCGUGUAUUACUUUAUUGACUGGAGUAAUCCUGUGUUUGCGGGAUCGGGGCCUGAAUUUGCAACCUCCAGCGGCACGGCACUACGCAGCGUCCUGGAUGAGCACAGCUCUCUGCAGGCUGUCUCCACUAACUGCUUGCACAUGUGAGGGACGUAUAUUAGCUGCUAUUUGCAAUUUUGGGAUAGAAACUGAGCAGUGGAAAACAUGCUGGAAGCAAUAGAUACACAUCGGGCCCUGCAGGCAGUGGAGCGCCUGCAGGUGAAACUGCGGGAACGAGGUGACUUAGCAAACGAGGAGAAGUUGAGCUUGCUAAAAUCAGUGCUGCAGAGCCCUCUCUUCAACCAGAUCCUGAACCUUCAGACUUCUGUCCACCAGUUGAGAGAUCAGGUAAAUGUCGCACCAUCCAUACUUUCGGCUGGCGAGUUCCCACAGCUUCCCCACCAUGGUGCUAGUGUGGGUUCCUUGCCACAUAACGAAUCCUAUUUAUUGGCUCAGCAGAAUGGCAGCCCGGCUAAUGUGCUAGAAGCAUCUGUGAGAUCCGUUACUCCUCAGAUUAAUGGGAAAUCCUCCAGCUCCAGUGAUGAGUUGGAGCAACUAAUCAGAACUAUGUCACAGGGUCGCCUCGUCGAGACCUUAGAGCUGGUUAAACCUCCAAGUGGUGGGCUGGGCUUUAGUGUUGUGGGAUUGAAGAGUGAAAACAGAGGGGAACUGGGAAUAUUUGUGCAGGAGAUCCAAGAAGGAAGCGUGGCAUAUAGAGAUGGAAGGCUGAAGGAAGCAGAUCAAAUCCUUGCUAUUAAUGGACAAGCCCUUGAUCAGACAAUUACACAUCAACAGGCUAUCAGCAUCCUGCAGAAGGCAAAAGAUAAUGUCCAACUAGUUGUGGCCAGGGGUUCCUUGCCUCAGCUGAUCAGUCCUGUAGUUUCUCGAUCUCCAUCUGCUGCUAGCACAGUCUCUGCCCAUUCCAACCCGGUCCACUGGCAGCAUGUGGAGACCAUUGAGUUGGUGAAUGAUGGAUCAGGUUUGGGAUUUGGGAUAGUGGGAGGAAAGUCAACUGGAGUGAUAGUUAAAACCAUCCUCCCAGGAGGAGUAGCUGAUCAGCAUGGAAGGUUAUGCAGCGGAGACCACAUCCUGAAAAUUGGCGAUACAGACUUGGCUGGAAUGAGCAGUGAACAAGUGGCACAAGUGCUGAGACAGUGUGGAAAUCGAGUGAAGCUGGUCAUUGCAAGAGGUCCCAUAGAGGAACCACCUCCACCAGCCGUCCCUCCAUCAACCCCCGUACCAACUUCCAUACCAGAGAAACAGGCAGAGACUUCUUUUGAUAUUGAUGAAGAUGGAGAGAAAUUUGAUGUAGAACUCACUAAAAACCUCCAAGGAUUAGGAAUAACUAUUGCUGGUUACAUUGGAGACAAAACCUCAGAACCUUCUGGUAUUUUUGUGAAAAGCAUUACGAAAGGCAGUGCUGUUGAACAUGAUGGUAGAAUCCAUAUUGGCGAUCAAAUUAUAGCCGUGGAUGGAACAAAUCUUCAGGGUUUUACCAACCAACAAGCAGUAGAGGUUUUGCGGCACACAGGACAAACAGUUCGACUCACUUUGAUCAGAAGAGGUCUUAAGCAGGAAAAUCACAUUCAGCCCCAUGAGGACUUCACUGCUGCUGUUGAAAAGGACUUAAUUUUCCAAACUAUGGAUAACGGCACAGCCAAAGAACAGUGUGAAAGAGAGCAGGGAUCUCCACCACUGCCGUGCAGUGCUGGUGUGGUACACACUGGAGAGGACAGUAAACAACAAGAAUCAGGUUUCCAGCUAACUUCCACAGGAGAAGCAGUAUUGCAGAAUAAAUGGCAGAGGAUUAUGGGUACAAAUUAUGAGAUAGUGGUGGCUGAAGUUAACAAAUUUAGUGAAAGCAGCGGGUUAGGGAUAAGCUUGGAAGCUGCAGUGGGACAUCAUUUCAUCCGAUCUGUUUUACCAGAAGGGCCAGUUGGACGAAGUGGCAAGCUGUUCAGUGGAGAUGAACUGCUGGAAGUGAAUGAAAUAUCUUUGCUUGGGGAAAAUCACAAGGAUGUGGUAAAUAUUUUAAAAGAGCUGCCUAUCAAAGUUACAAUGGUCUGCUGCCGUCCCAUUGCUCCACCCGACAGUCAGUCAGAGUUGGACAAUCUGACUCUCUCCGAGGUUCAGCUCACAGAAAAGUCUCAUGUAGACCUUGGUGAAGUCAUUGGCUCCUCAGAGACAGAGGGUACUGGCUUGGAAAUGGCUGAUGUAGGUCAGAAUAUUGACGAGGUGCAAGGAUCUCCUUUGGCAAUGUGGGAAACAGAAAUACAACACGUUGAGCUGGAGAAAGGGAGCAUGGGACUUGGCUUUAGCAUAUUAGACUAUCAGGACCCAGUGGACCCGGCAAACACAGUAAUUGUAAUCCGCUCUUUGGUUCCUGGUGGUGUUGCUGAACAAGACGGCAGACUUCUUCCUGGAGAUCGGCUGAUGUUUGUCAAUGAUAUCAACUUGGAAAAUGGCAGCUUGGAGGAAGCUGUACAAGCACUGAAAGGAGCACCAGUAGGAGCAGUUAGAAUAGGAGUUGCCAAACCACUGCCUCUUUCACCAGAAGAGGGUUAUAUUUCUGCUAAGGAAGAUUCCUUUUUCUACACUGCCCAGUCACUUGAGGAGGAAGGGCCAGUUGAUGCAGCCCUCUUCCAUGCUGAGCUGGCUCUGGUGGACUCAAGUGAGGCAGAUCUAGUGGAUGAAUCCACCUUUGAAUCACAGUAUACUUCAGACAAUGAUGACACCUUCCAGGCUUCUGUGUUAGCUCUGCACGGCAGUAGCUGUAGUGAUGGUCUGAACUAUAGCCUCUCUCUUCCAUCAUCAACUCCCAAGGGUGUUAGUGAAGAUUCUUCAAAUGCCUCCAUUGAUUUCCGACCAUCCAACAAGAAUCUAUAUAACAUAGAUCUAAUCCAGGGAAGGGGAGAGAACCAAUCCUUAGAGGACACGAGCAUGGUACCUGCUGGUGGUGUUUCCAAAAAGGAUCCUCUGCCUUCAGAUGUUUCUGAGAAACUCGCUGAAUAUGAAAAUAUAGCUACUUGGACGGAACCUCAGAUGUCAGCCGAAGUUGCACAGAAUACAAACUCUGCUAUCCCAGUGCACCCUGACCUUACUGGAAAAGAUCCAGUGUAUUUAAUGGAAAAGAGCUACCUGACAUCUACUAGUGAGGGAAGUUCCACAAUCCAAAAUACACCUGAAAAUAUGCAUGAGAAGACUAUCACUAUUGUAAAAGGCAAUUCAAGUCUAGGGAUGACAGUAAGUUCCAAUAAAGACGGCUCGGGAAUGAUAGUCCGCAGCAUCAUCCAUGGCGGUUCCAUAAGUCGUGAUGGACGAAUCGGUGUGGGGGAUUGUAUUCUGUCCAUUAAUGAAGAGACAACCACUAAUUUAACCAAUGUGCAGGCCCGGGCUAUGCUGAGGAGACAUUCACUCAUUGGACCUGAUAUAAAAUCUUCUCCAGCACCUGCUGAUGAUCAGGCCCCCUUUUAUGUGAUUACAUAUGUGCCAGCAGAACAUUUGGAAGAGUACAAAGCCAGUUUGGGACAACAACCAGAGGACACAAUACCACUCAAUCUCUUUUCUGCACAUACUGUAAGCAGAGAAAUUCCAGAACUGCCUGAACGUGAAGAGGGGGAGGGAGAAGAAAGUGAACUUCAGAAUGCAGCUUAUAGUCACUGGAACCAGCCCAGACGGGUUGAGCUUUGGAGAGAACCUAGCAAGUCGUUGGGAAUCAGCAUCGUCGGUGGACGAGGGAUGGGGAGUCGUCUGAGCAAUGGUGAAGUGAUGAGGGGAAUCUUUAUCAAACACAUUCUGGAAGACAGCCCAGCUGGCAAAAAUGGAACCUUAAAAACUGGAGAUAGAAUAGUGGAGGUGGAUGGAAUUGACCUCAGAGACGCAAGCCAUGAACAAGCUGUGGAAGCCAUACGGAAGGCAGGCAACCCUGUAGUCUUUAUGGUACAGAGCAUUAUAAACAGACCAAGGCCAGAAUCUCUCAAUAGCUCUUCAUCAACCUCUGCUCUCAGUGGGCAGAAACCUACUAACCCAUUUUAUCAUCAGUCAUCUCAGCUGCCUUUCAUGCAGCACAACCUUUUCUAUGGGCCUGCUACCAUCAGCAGCACUAAUCCAUUUGCUGAUUCUCCUCAGUUCAACACUAACAAGGCAUCCAGUCAGUCAGAUUCAGAGCCAGAAAAGACUUCAUUUAGUAACUUGCCUCUGCCCCCUCCUUCAGCAUUUUCAGAAAUGAGCUGUGAAAUUGCACAAUCAUCUUCCAGCAAAAUUGAAGAGGAUGUGGAAGAUGAUGAUGAUGAGUUUGGUUACAGCUGGAAAAAGAUCACACAGCGUUAUGGAAAUCUACCAGGGGACCUGUACAUGAUAGAGCUGGAAAAAGGAAGGACUGGUUUGGGACUUAGCCUGGCUGGCAACAAAGACCGGUCCAGGAUGAGUGUCUUCAUAGUGGGAAUUGAUCCAAAUGGGGCAGCUGGAAAAGAUGGAAGGUUACAGAUUGCAGAUGAGUUACUAGAGAUCAAUGGACAAAUUCUCUAUGGAAGAACUCACCAGAAUGCUUCCUCAAUAAUCAAAUGUGCACCAUCUAAAGUGAAAAUCAUCUUUAUCAGAAAUAAAGAUGCAGUGAAUCAGAUGGCUGUUUGCCCUGGGAAAUCAAUAGAACCUUCACCUUCCCCCUCAGGGACUCCUCAAAAUCAAGAGGGCCAACCAAGUGCUACAAAUCCUGUUACGGCUAUAGACUUAAAUACAUAUAAAAAUAUUCAGCAUGUGGAACUCCCUAAGGAUCAAGGGGGACUGGGUAUUGCCAUCAGUGAAGAAGACACACUUAAUGGAGUGGUUAUUAAAAGCUUAACAGAUCAUGGUGCAGCCGCGAAGGAUGGACGGAUCAGAGUUGGGGAUCAGAUCCUUGCAGUGGAUGAUGAAGCUGUUGUGGGCUAUCCUAUAGAAAAGUUUAUCAGUCUGCUGAAGACAUCCAAGACCACAGUGAAGCUCACAAUCAACUCAGUUGAACAUGAUAGUCAAACAUCUCUUCAAGCACCCACACCCCCACUUUGCAGCGCUACCCCAGGCGAGCGGAAGAACAUCCAGCAGUCGCUGAUGAUUCCGUCUUCUGGGUCUCCAGAACCAGAGACAAUUAAAAAUACAAGCAGGUCCUCAACUCCAGCCACGUUAGCCUCUGACCCAGCUACUUGUCCCAUCAUCCCAGGAUGUGAAACAACCAUUGAUAUCUCCAAGGGACGCACUGGACUUGGAUUGAGCAUUGUUGGGGGAGCAGACACUUUACUGGGAGCUAUUAUUAUCCAUGAAGUAUAUGAAGAAGGAGCAGCAUCCAAAGAUGGAAGGCUCUGGGCGGGAGAUCAGAUUUUAGAGGUGAAUGGAAUUGACCUCCGGAAUGCCACACAUGAUGAAGCAAUAAAUGUUCUCAGACAGACACCCCAAAAAGUCCGUCUCACUGUCUACAGGGAUGAGGCCCAGUACAAGGAGGAAGAUAUGUACGAUGUUCUCAAUAUAGAGCUGCAAAAGAAGCCAGGCAAAGGCCUCGGAUUAAGUAUUGUUGGGAAAAGAAAUGAUACGGGGGUGUUUGUGUCAGACAUCGUCAAAGGAGGAAUAGCAGAUACGGAUGGGAGACUAAUGCAGGGAGACCAGAUCUUAACAGUAAAUGGAGAAGAUGUUCGAAAUGCUAACCAAGAGGCUGUUGCUGCUUUGUUAAAGUGUUCAUUAGGUAUUGUAAGACUAGAAGUUGGAAGAAUAAAAGCAGGUCCAUUCCAUUCUGAGAGGAGAACAUCCCAAAGCAGCCAGGUCAGUGAAGGAAGUGGCAGCUUGUCAUCAUUCAGUUUCCCACCUUCUGGUUCCAACCCAUCUGAGGGCUUUGAAAGUGGUCUUAAGAAGAAUGCCAUAUCAUCUGAAAUACAAGGAUUAAGAACGGUUGAAAUAAAAAAGGGUCCUGCAGAUUCCCUAGGAGUGAGCAUUGCUGGAGGAGUAGGCAGUCCCCUGGGAGAUGUUCCCAUAUUUAUUGCCAUGAUGCAUCCAAAUGGAGUUGCAGCUCAAACUCAGAAACUCAGGGUUGGGGAUAGGAUUGUUAAUAUUUGUGGAACAUCCACUGAGGGCAUGACACACUCCCAAGCUGUCAGCCUACUGAAAAAUGCUUCAGGCACUGUUGAACUGCAGGUGGUGGCUGGAGGGGACGUAAGUGUCGUAACCGGUCAGCAACAGGAUCCACCAGCUUCCAGCCUUUCAUUUGCAGGACUAACCUCAAGCAGCAUCUUUCAGGAUGAUUUAGGGCCCCCCCAGUAUAAGACCAUUACUCUAGACCGAGGACAGGACGGUCUAGGCUUUAGUAUUGUGGGAGGAUAUGGCAGUCCUCAUGGAGAUUUACCCAUCUACGUUAAGACAGUAUUUGCAAAGGGUGCAGCAGCAGAGGACGGACGGCUGAAGAGAGGGGAUCAGAUCAUAGCUGUCAACGGGCAGAGCUUAGAAGGGGUGACCCAUGAAGAAGCAGUUGCUCUUCUAAAAAGGACAAAAGGGACUGUCACUCUGACUGUUCUCUCAUGAACUGGCUGUCCAAAUAAUAGGAUCAACAAGAUUCCAUUAUCUACAUUCCACGUAGCAAAGAGAAUGGAAAUGUUUAUGUAGCCUUCUUGCUAUUCCAGCUUUACCAGACUGUUAUAUCACUGAAGAAAAAAUAACACUUAAUCAUAUUUUUGAACACAAUAGAACUAUUUGUCUUACUGUCGAAUCACUGGGAUGGGCUUAUGUAGUCUCUGGCAAAGACUUAAGGUUUUUUAUUAUUAUUGUAAUGAAUACAGGUGACCCACCAGAACAUGAAAGUUUGCAUUAGUAACCGCAUUGCAAAACUGGAAUGUUUUGCAAAGAGGCUUUGAAUAUUUGAGAUGGGUGUGGGAGGGAGAAUGUGUGCGCUAAAUAGUCAAGGGGGGAGGAGAUAACUGAGACUAUUUAAAUAGCAGAAAUAAAGUCACAGGAGAAAGAACAGUUUAACAAAAGAAGAUAGAUGGAAAAAUUAGUUAGAAAGUCAGUGCUGCUAAUUACAUGCUCCAGAAGCAAAAUAAUGGGGGGGAGAGGGUUGGGGGGUUUUUUUUGGUGCUCGGGGUUGAAAAAUCCACUUGCAGGAAACUUUCCCUCGUGAAUGAGGGAGCCCUACUGUAUCUGCAAUAUCACAAGGAUUUAGGCUUCUCUUUUAAAGUAGUGAAGUUCCUAAGCUUGGUGGGUAUGAAGAUAAUGUUCCCGAUGUGAACAGUAAAAUGAACACUGCCCUCUUCCUGAGUUUGCAGACAGGCAGCUCCAGUGUCACAGUCACUGCUGCGCAGAGCUUCUUGAAGCAGCAGCACAAAUUAACCACUAUGGGUAGCUUCCAUGUCACUAGUCAGAGCCCAGUGGAAUAUAGUGAAAUGGGUGAGGUUUCAUGCUGCUGCUAUUGCUCUAAGCCAGUGGUGAGCAACCUGCGGCCCAUCACAGUAAUCUGAUUGCAGGCCAUGAGACAUUUUGCUGACGUUGACCGUCCCCAGACAUGGCCCCCUGCAGCUCCCAGUGGGUGAGAACAGCGAACUGCAGCCCCUGGGAACUGCGAUGGGCUGUGCCUGCGGACGGUCAACGUCAGCAAAAUGUCUCACGGCCUGCAAUCAGAUUACCGUGAUGGGCCUCAUGUGGCGCGCAGGCCACAGGCUGCCCAGCACUGCUUUAAGUAGAAGCAGAUACUGAAGACAUUCAGAGAGGAGGAGGACCCAAAAAAAGAGAGAGAGGAGGGGUAGAAUAAUAAAGACCCCCCCCCCAGUAUAGAGGAGUCCAAGAGGUAGGGCAAAUGGUAGAGGUUCCUCUUCAUCUUCACCCUAGUCAGAAGCAUGCAGGAGCUGAAAGGACGGGCAGCUUCUGGAAGGACUUGUAAAUUAUUGAACACUUACAAGCCAAGCACUGAUAUGUAAGAUGGAGCCCUGUAAAGCUCGAGGAACAACUCUCCUAGCCUCUCACUAUAAAGUGUUGUCCCUGGACCUUGUAAACUCCCUGUCAGCUUCCCCCCUUUUGCCUAGUACUGUAUGUAUCUGCUUGGUGAAGCCCCAUCUGUGAUUUACCUUGUCACUAAAUACAAUAUGUCUUUUUUAAAACCUUUAGAGAGGCAGAAAUGUCAAAGAUCAUGUGAGCACUGGUGUUCCUUUAGGCUAGAGUGCUGCCCACCGCGUACUUUCAUGGAGCUGCAAGACUCUGCAUAUUGACCAGCAAAAACCUAGAGCAGCCGGAGCACCAUGUCAGUUGUUUAUAAUAUUUAAUAAUUGAGUUCUGAAGUGGGGGCACAUUCAAACUGUGCUAGAGAAAUAUGCAAAAAAGCCACCAUUCAUUCAUCUGAGUGAAAACCAGCAGGGUUAGGAAUGUUUGAGAGAUACUGCUUGUGAAUUGAUAGCUAAAUAUAAGUGGGUUAACUAAAAAAAAAACCCCUCUUUUUCAACAAUUAUUUUAGAUGUUACAAUACAAUAGGCUAAGAAAAACAGAUGGUGCCAGUACUUGAGGCAACUGGUGAUGCAUUAUUAGCCUGUACUCAUUCCCAGUAUAGUGUGUGAAAUGCCCAUGUUAGAGUAUGAAAAGUCUCUUCAAAUAUUAUCUAUAUUUGUAACAGAAGUAGUGUACAGAAUUUUAUUAUUGCCUUCGUGUCUAAAUGCAGGAUUUAAGAGAAUAAAUAUGAAGCUGUAAGAGGUGAAUUAAUAAAGUUGCAGGUGUAUUUGUG